AGCCCGCCUCCGUGUCACGUCUAACCAAUCAGCGUGCAGUGAAGGGGGCGGGAAUCUGUCCGUGUGUUUCCGCCGUGUGACUCGUGUCUGUUGUUUAUGAAAUAUUGAACCGGGGUUGCAGUCUCAAAGGACUAACCAGGUACCUUAAAUCAUGAAGCAGCUGCCUCCAGAUACCGUGCGGCUGCUGUCCAGCUCCCAGGUCAUCACCUCUGUGCUGAAUGUUGUGAAGGAACUGAUGGAAAACUCCCUGGACGCUGGAGCUUCAAGCAUUGAUGUGAAACUGGAGAACUACGGUUUGGACCGGAUAGAAGUGCGUGAUAAUGGUCAUGGAAUCAAAGCUGAAGAUACUCCUGUGAUGGCCGUGAGACAUUUCACCUCAAAGAUCUGUAACCACGACGACCUGGAGCGGCUGGAGACGUACGGCUUCCGAGGAGAGGCACUGGGCUCCGUCUGUGCCGUGGCUGAGGUAGCUGUCAUCACAAAGACAGAGGAGGAUGACAUCAGCACCCAGUACACACUGAACACCACAGGGGAGAUUGUUUCUAAGAAGCCUUCACACUUAGGUCAAGGUACAACAGUGAGUGUACUGAAGCUUUUUAAGAACCUCCCAGUGAGACGGCAGUACUAUUCCUCCACCAAGAAGUGCAAGGAGGAACUGAAGAAACUGCAGGACUUGCUGAUGGCCUACGCCAUUAUAAAACCUGACCUGAGGCUCACACUCAUUCACAAUAAGGUGGUGGUUUGGCAGAAGGCCAAGGUGGCCGAUCACAGAGGUGCCCUCCUCGCUACACUGGGGGCCAGCGCCGUUGCCAACCUGCUCCCUUGCCACCAUCACCAAGAGCAACCAGAGAUUGUUUUAGAUGGGUUUUUCCCAAAGCCUGGAGCAGAUUUCUCAUCUACAAGCUCAUCAAACCCUGACAAGACUUUUAUAUUUGUCAACAACCGGCCUGUCCACCAAAAAGAUAUAAUGAAGGUGUUGCGUCAGCACUACACUGCUCAGUAUCCGGAUGAUUCCGCCCGAAACCGUUAUCCCACCGUCGUGCUUAAAAUUACAGUUCCACCGUCCUCGGUUGAUGUCAAUCUAACACCUGACAAGACCCAGAUUCUUCUACUCAACAAGGAGGCUGUGUUGAUCGCAGUGGAAGCAUUUUUGGUGUCUCUCUAUGGCUACCGGCCCAGUGGUGACCCCCAGGCUGAGACGCCCCCCUCACUGUCUAGUCCUUUGCAGACUGAUGCUUCACAACUGGAGGACAAAGAAAGUGCAGAGAGGGAUGACGGUCCCACCAACCAGCACAGUAACUCCCUCAGAGAUGCACCUAAACACGGUGACACAGCUCCGUCAACUGCAAUAAGCACUGACGCUUCACUGCACCGCCAGGCUUCAAACGGCAGCUCUUCAUCCUCUGUGGCAGAGGACUGGAUCGUCAACCAGAUCCCAGCUGGGCUUGAGUCUACCUUUUCUCUGUAUGAUGACGAGGCGGCUCAGAGCUGCACGGGUUCGGAAAGAAAGUCCCCCGAGAGACUCCAAGAAGACGAUGCUGUAUUAGGCUCAGACACAAGCAAAGAGCAGAUAUCUGCAGAAGACUGGAGCCGGGGGACGGCUUUCCCCGACCCCGUAUCAGGAGAACACCUGCAGCCCGUCAGAAUCCACCAACCUUCAAAGAACAACCAUGAUGAGACGAAGAGUCAAUGCAGCUCAAACAAGAAGAUGUUCAACGCCAUCACGGAGAAGCGAGCUGCUCUUACGGCCUAUGACCUGAUCAGCAACCGCACCAUGAGGGCACCGCUGUCUCCCGCCGCCUUGUUCGAGAAGGAGGCCAGAGCAGAGAUCCUCAGGGAGAAACCUACAGCCAGCCUGCAGGAUAUCAGCGUCACUGUCCACGAGAGGUGGAAAAAUCUGAGGGAGGAAGACCGUAAGAAGUAUGAGGAGAAAGCCAAAAAAAACCUGGAACAUCACGACCAGAGGACCAAGUUGGCCUCUGCCGAAGGCCCCAGAGAGACGAGCACGAGCACCCUGAGGGGCCAGAAACGCAAGGCUCCGCUGUCCAACCAGCAGCUGCUGGACCAGCUCUUCUCUGCACAGCCCCAAAAGAAGAUGAAGAGCCCUGCACCGAAGCCCUCGCAGCCCCUCCCCUGCAGCGUGUCUGCCCUUCGGCUGCAGCUUCAGCGCCUUUCAUCCCAGAGCAGCGCAGUGCCACGGGGCCUCUGUCUUGUAAACCGGCUGGCCUCUCAGAGCGCCUGGGUCAUUUUAUGUGGUCAGAGACUCAUGUUGUUAAACCCAUUUCGAGUGGAGGAGGCCUUGCUGUUUAAGAGACUCCUGGAGAAUAAUAUACUUCCAGCAGUGAGUCUGCAGAACCCUAUACAGUUAACAGAUGGGAGUCUAGGGGGAGCUGAAUAUACUGAGGCUUUGUGCAGCAUGGAGAAACAAAGCCCUGAGCUGAAUGGAGGGGCCCUCUUCUCUGAUCCCAGGCUUGUUGCUAAUGGGUUUAAAAUCCAACUCAUUCCAGGCCUCACGUCAGCCGAGAGACAUCUGGAAGUGACGGGAAUGGCAGACUGCGUGCCUUUCCUCGGUGUGGAGGACCUCAGGGAGAUCUUGACUGCAGUUCUUCACAGGAAGGCUGAGACUGUGCAAGAGUGCCGGCCACUGAAAGUCACAAACUACCUACAAGGUGAGGCGGUACGACUUGCCCGUCAGUUACCUACAAAUUUAUCCAGGGAGGACGUGGAGGAAACCCUUCUCCGGAUGAAUCAGCAGCUCAGUGAGAGCAACCAGACCUGUAUCCACGGACGACCAUUUCUCCAACACCUAUGUGACGUCCCCUCUACAGACAAGGAGGCUCAAGCUCUUCUGAGGCCUUUAGAGCUGUAAGAAGUAGAAAAUAAAACACUGCAGCGCAAUAUCUAUGAAAAAGCUUUUGUUUCCGUUCUGAUCAAAUUAUUUUGUUACAAACAAAACAAAAAUAAACCUAU